GUCUUUUUCUAGUGAUCCGUGCACGUGACUUGGCGUAAAACGCCCUUUUAAAAGAUCUUGGUUCCGACUAAUUCUCUACACGGUUUUUGUUCUGCAUCCAUCAAUCAAGACCAAUCUUUACACUUAACGCGUAAUUGUUCAAUUGACUUUGGUAAUUAUCAUAACUCAAUUGUCAAUCAGCAACCUACAACUACAAUACUUUUAUCUAACUUACACUUCACAAUGUCUACUGAGCUCACCCCCUCCAAGAAGACUGCUUCCGCUUUCGAGUCCUUAAAGAUGGAGUCUCCCAUGAAGAAGCUUGACUUCGGCAAGGAGAACGCCCCCAUCGACGCCAGCGUCGAUGCUAUCUCCAACGAGAUCGAGUCCCAGAAGCCUAUUGCCACGAAGGAGGAGAAAGUAGCUGUUGCUGAGACUAUCAAGCCCGAGGAGGCUGAUGAGCCCAUUCUCCAAGAGAACCCUCAGCGAUUCGUCCUGUUCCCCAUCAAGUACCAUGAGAUCUGGCAGAUGUACAAGAAGCACGAGGCAUCCUUCUGGACUGCUGAAGAGAUCGAUCUGUCUAAGGAUCUCCACGACUGGAACAACCGACUGAACGAUGACGAGAAGUUCUUUGUCUCUCACAUCCUUGCCUUCUUCGCUGCCUCCGAUGGCAUUGUCAACGAGAACCUCGUCGAGCGAUUCAGCGGUGAAGUUCAGAUCCCCGAGGCUCGAUGCUUCUACGGUUUCCAGAUCAUGAUGGAGAACAUCCACUCCGAGACAUACUCUCUGCUCAUUGACACCUAUAUCAAGGAGCCUGCCCAGAAGACCCAUCUCUUCAAUGCUAUUGAUACUAUUCCUUGCAUCCGCCGAAAGGCCGACUGGGCCCUCAAGUGGAUUGCUGACAAGAAGUCUACCUUUGCUCAACGUCUAAUUGCCUUCGCUGCUGUCGAGGGUAUCUUCUUCAGCGGAGCUUUCGCCUCCAUCUUCUGGCUCAAGAAGCGUGGCCUUAUGCCCGGUCUGACUUUCUCCAACGAGCUUAUCUCUCGUGACGAGGGUCUUCACACCGACUUCGCUUGCCUGCUCUUCACGCACCUCAAGAACCGCCCCGGCAAGGACGUCAUCGAGAAGAUCAUUGUUGACGCCGUCGCUAUUGAGCAAGAGUUCCUAACGGAGGCUCUGCCCUGUGCUCUGCUUGGCAUGAACUCCAACCUGAUGAAGCAGUACAUCGAGUUCGUCGCUGACCGUCUACUGGUUGCUCUUGGCAAUGAGAAGGUCUACCGCUCUACCAAUCCCUUCGACUUCAUGGAGAACAUCUCCCUUGGUGGCAAGACUAACUUCUUCGAGAAGCGCGUCGGCGACUACCAGAAGGCUGGUGUCAUGGCCAGCACCAAGAAGAACGCCUCCAACGACGAUGUUACGGCGACGGAGGGCCAGGGAGAGAACGGUGGUGACUUCACCUUCGACGAUGACUUCUAAGCUCAUCGCAUAAAAUACCCCUUUCUCUUACCAGUUCUCGAUACCCCCUUACCUCUUGUACCAUAUUUGCCUGCGCCCCACACCUCAUACACGUCCUCGCGACACUAGCUAGAGGCUAGAGGAUAUAUAAUGCAAUAGAACCGGCGAGCAAUUGCGUGGCGCGCGGUUGGAUCCAACAACUCCACCAUAUAUGGAGUGUUGGGUUUUCUUUUCCUAUGUCAACAUUAAUGAAUACAUACGGUCAUCCGAAGGAGUUCAGGCGUUGGGGCUCGCGAUCGCUUUUUUCGUCGUCACACUUUCGGCCAUCGAAAGAUGGUGAACCGCGACGGAGGAGGCAUGCAAUGAAUAAAUCAAUUGAUCAAUAAGAUGAUGGAUAGGCGGAACGACUUGAUGCAUGGAACGCGGAUGUAGUUAGCUGAAGCUGGAAAGACAGCUGGUGAUAUAAUGCAAUCACGAUGAGGAAUAU